AGGAGGCACGUAGAGUGCGUAAGGUUGGAGGAAAGGGGGAAAAAAAGAACGAGCGCGAGCGAAGAAAGCAUAGAGCAACGGACGGAGAAGGAAUUUUUAAAAAAGAGGAGAGAGGCAAGGAAGAUUUCAGGUCCGCGGAGGUUUUUUUUGGGAGGAUUUAAAAAAAAAUAUUUUUAAAAAGGAAAAUAAUCAGUGUGCAUGGAGUUACGAGGAGCGGAAGUCCAGUGGUGGAUAUCAGUGUUUAAAUCCGGUGAUUGGUAAAAUCUCAUUCGACUCGUUGGGUGAAAGCGGAGGGAUCCGCCAUGGCUGGAGCUGCUGGAUCUCCACCUCAGUGUAUGAAAAAAAUAUGAAACAUAUACUGGAAUUCUGUUUAUAAUAGUACAAAAAAACUCCUUGUUUUUUUUUAGAGGCUGUUGUACACCAUAUUGAUAUUGUGUGUACAGAGACAAUAAUAAAUAAUAAUACACAGGAGAAGCGGUUUGUUCGAGGCCCUGUUUUCUGAUGAAAUAAAAUUUGCCUUGACAACAGUAUUCAAGAUUUUAGCCAAGUCCUUGAAGGGGAAAACAAACAAACAAACAAACAAAACGACCAAAUACAAACAAGGAGACAGGAAAUACAAGCUGUGGACGUGAAAGAAGAAGAUAGUCUUAGGGUAUUUUUCCUCUUUCCCUUCAUCCCGUCCUCCAUUUUUUACACAAUAAUCCUAGUCGGAGAUUAAAAGUCGAGGCUCCAGGCAGAUAUUUCUUUGCUCACACACAGGUUGGAGUCGGUGUUGAGGAUUGGGAGCAUGUCGGGGCGGCCCAGGACCACGUCCUUCGCUGAGAGCUGCAAACCCGUGGCUCAGCCUUCAGCGUUCGGGAGCAUGAAAGUCAGCAGAGAUAAGGAUGGCGGUAAGGUGACGUCAGUGAUGGCGACUCCAGGCCAGGGUCCCGAUCGGCCUCAGGAAGUCAGCUACACGGACACAAAGGUGAUCGGGAACGGUUCAUUCGGAGUCGUCUACCAGGCCAAGCUGUGCGAGUCCGGAGAAAUGGUGGCCAUCAAGAAGGUGCUGCAGGACAAGAGGUUUAAGAACCGUGAGCUGCAGAUCAUGAGGAAGCUGGACCACUGCAACAUCGUCCGCCUCCGGUACUUCUUCUACUCCAGCGGGGAGAAGAAGGACGAGGUGUAUCUGAACCUGGUGCUGGACUACGUCCCCGAGACUGUGUACAGAGUCGCCAGACACUACAGCCGAGCCAAACAGACCCUCCCCAUGGUUUACGUCAAGUUAUACAUGUAUCAGCUCUUCAGAAGUCUGGCCUACAUCCAUUCGUUUGGAAUCUGCCAUCGAGACAUCAAACCCCAGAACCUGCUGCUGGAUCCUGAGACGGCUGUGCUCAAACUCUGUGACUUCGGCAGCGCUAAGCAGCUGGUCCGUGGAGAGCCAAAUGUGUCCUACAUCUGCUCACGGUACUACAGAGCUCCUGAACUCAUCUUCGGAGCCACUGACUACACUUCCAGCAUAGACGUAUGGUCAGCAGGCUGUGUGCUGGCUGAGCUGUUGCUAGGGCAACCGAUUUUCCCCGGUGACAGUGGAGUGGAUCAGCUUGUGGAGAUCAUCAAGGUUUUGGGCACGCCUACCCGUGAGCAGAUUCGAGAGAUGAACCCCAAUUACACAGAGUUCAAGUUUCCUCAGAUAAAGGCCCACCCAUGGACUAAGGUGAGUCAACAGGUGUUCCGGCCACGCACACCUCCAGAAGCCAUCGCUCUGUGCUCUCGUCUGUUGGAGUACACACCCACGGCUCGGCUCACGCCGCUCGAGGCCUGCGCACACUCGUUCUUUGACGAGCUGAGAGACCCGAACAUCAAACUGCCCAAUGGGAGGGAGAAGCCGUCGCUGUUCAACUUCACCACUCAAGAAUUGUCCAGUAACCCAUCCUUGGCUACCAUCUUGAUUCCUGCUCAUGCACGUAAUCAAGCAGGUGCCUCCACCCCCACCAAUGCCUCCAGCACUACAGAUGCCAACAGUGGAGAACGCGGUCAGACCACCAACGCAGCCUCUGCCUCUGCCUCCAACACCUCCACCUGAGUGUCCCAGCCGUUUACCAAUCCAGCCUGGGCCCAAUCCGGACGACGCCCUACCAGUUCCCCAGAUCAGUGGGCGGGGUUUAAACCAUCCAGCCACAACACUUAAUGAAACCGCAAGCGCCAAACCAUAAUUUCAGUGCUUUUAGUGCUGUCCAAACCGAGUUCCCGGACAUGUACAGAACCGUGAUAAUGGAGAGGGUGAAAGAGAGAGAGAGGUGAGCAGUGGCACAGGGGGGGGAGAACUCGCACCAUCAAUCCUGUGGACAAUCUCUUAAUCAAAGCAAUCCAGUAGCCGAAUCCAUCCUCUUCCAUCUCAGUUUAGCGAGCCUGCUGUUCAAAUGGGCUGCCCUCGCUCUACCCCUCUCUCUGUCACUCCCUCUCUCUUUCUCCCUCUCUCUUUCACUCCACCACUGUCUUAUAUACACCAUCUGUCCUUCCUCAUCCUCAUCCACCUCCCCCUCACACCACUUCACUUUUAGUGCAUGGCUUGAAUUUGGUUGGGAGCACUCAGUAACUUAAAGGUACAAGAAGUCGCUAAAAGCAACAUUUGUUUGUAUCGUGUAUGAAUAUACAGUAUGUGUGUGUGUAUGUAUGUAUAUAUGUGUGUGUGUGUGUAUGUAUGUAUGUGUGUGUGUGUGUAUGUAUGUAUGU